GUAAACUCUGACUUGUGCUUGUCCUGCCAGUGGGUCACUCCUGUGCGGUCACAGGUCACUUUAAUCAAGUUUCACCGGAACACACAGGAAUCGGUUACGGUUACAAGGUAAAUAAAUUAAAGAUGCCCACAAAAAAGAAAAAAACAAGACAGAGCACACAAGAGGAAACCAAAGAUGUGGAUGACGAAGACUCUGAGGAUAAGGAACCAAAGCCUGAGGAGAAAAGUAAGCAGGUGAGCGAGGCAAACGGUGGUGGGAGGUUGAAGAAGAAGAAGAAGGUUAAAGGCAGUGAUGAAGAAGGAUACAGCACUGACUCGUCUGGACCUGAUGUGAGGAGCUCCAAAGUGAGAAGAAAAGAUAAAGAAAAGGUCAAGAAUACGAAGAAAAGAGUCAAAGACGAGAGCGGAGAUGAGCUGAGCAACACGUCUCUGAAUACAGACGGCGAAGAUAACAACAAUGAGUCCAGAGGCAAAAAGAAAGGAGGGAAACUCCCUGAUGUGAUUGAGAUCGCCAAGAAAGGCUCAAAGUCCUCAGUCAAAGACAAGAUGGGAUCAAAGGAUAAAAAAUCCAAGAAGAAAGAAGAGAAAGAGGAGGACGAAGAGGAAGGGCAAAAGAAAAAGAAAGAAAAGAAGAAGAAAGGUUCGGACAAGGGAGACAGUGAUGAGGACAACAAGAAGACAAAAGGCAAGAAGAAGAAGGUGGAAAAUUACGUUGAAAUAUUUGAGAAAGAACUCCGCACCUACGUGCCAGAGAAAGUAGAGAACUACGAGGAUGAGUAUCACAAAAAGAAAGUAUACGAGGUGGUGACCAUCACAGGUGAUGAGAGAGGAGCAGGAACUGAUGCCAAUGUGUUUAUCACUCUUUUUGGAGACUAUGGCAUCACGCCCAAAGUCCACCUGGCCAGCAACACUGAAAAGAGGAGUCGCACAGCAUUCGAAAGGGCCAAAACUGAUGUGUUCAGAAUUAGAACUCACAAUGUUGGACCUUUGAAAAAGAUACGGAUUGAGCACGACAACACUGGCAUGAGUGCCAGCUGGUUCCUGGACAGAGUGGUGGUGACGGAUGUGAUUCGACCACACUUGAGGUUCUAUUUUUCUUGCAACAACUGGCUCAGUAAGGUGGAGGGAGACGGUCUUUAUGUCAGAGACCUGCUGGGUAGCAUGGACCCCAUGGACAGGCCUAAGUAUAAUAAAUAUAUAGUGAGUGUUUUCACCGCGGACAUAAAAGGCAGUGGAACAGAUGCAGAUGUCUUUAUCAACAUCUUUGGGGAAUAUGGAGACACAGGCGAGAGGCGACUUGACAAUGAAAAAGACAACUUUGAAAAGGGCACAGAGGACAAGUUCACCGUUGAAGCACCAAACCUUGGCAAAGUUAGGAAGAUCACCAUCGGCCACAAUAACAAAGGUUCCUCAGCAGGAUGGUUUGUGGAUAAGGUGUUAGUGGAUGAUAUGGGAAACAAAACAGUUUAUGAAUUUCCCAUCAAUCGUUGGUUUGCCCUGGAUGAGGACGACGGGAAGAUCCAGAGGGACAUUUUGGUCGGCGGGAGUCAGCCCACAGGUAUUGUGUACAACGUCCAGAUUGUGACAGGAAACAUCCGAGGUGCUGGGACCAACUCCAAAAUCCACAUUGUGAUGCAUGGCACGAAAGGCAUGAAGAACAGUGGCAAGGUGUUUUUGGAGGGAGGAAAUUUUGAGCGAGCCUUGACGGACAUCUUUAACGUUGAGAUUGCUGCUCUCCUCAGUCCCCUCAGCAGGGUCACCAUUGGGCACGACAACGGAGGAGUCAGUGCUGGCUGGUACUGUGAGAAGGUUGUGGUGUACUGCCCGUUCACGGGGAUAGAGCAAACGUUCCCGUGCGGCAAAUGGCUGGAUGAGAAGGAGGGAGACGGGCUGAUAGAGAGAGAGCUCUAUGAAAUGGUGUCACUCAGGCAGAAGAGACAGAAGAAGCACCCCUGGUCCUUGUGGAUCUGGACGUCAGACCUAGCCGGUGCAGGAACCGAUGCAGAAAUCUGCUUCCAGGUGUACGGAGACAAGGGAAAGUCAGACGAGAUCAAGCUUGACAACAAAACAGACAAUUUUGAACAGGGACAAAUAGACCGCUUUAUAGUUGAGCUGGCUGAUUUGGGAAAUUUGACCAAACUCCGUAUCUGGCAUGAAAAGAGGAAUCCUUUUGCAGGAUGGCAUCUCAGCAAGGCGACUCUGAUGAAGACAUUAACAAAGGACAAGUACACAUUUCCUUGUCAGCGGUGGCUGGACACUAACGAAGAUGAUAAUGAGGUUGUGAGGGAGCUUCCAGCCGGCGGAGAUCUCAUUGCAGAGCCAUUGCCCCUGGUCAAGUACAGAGUCACAGUGUGCACGGGGACUGUCGGCGGCAGCGGCACAGAUGCGUCUGUUUUUCUAAAUCUGAUUGGAGACCAUGGGGACAGUGGAGAUCGGCAGCUGGUCAACUGCAAAAACAACAUCAACAAGUUUGAGAAAGGAAAUUUGGAUGAGUUUAUAAUCGAGGCAGUAUCCCUCGGGCCGAUCCGCAGGGUGAGAAUUGGACACGACGGCAAAGGCGGAGGCUGUGGAUGGUUUCUGGAAAAAGUGGUCGUAAGAGAGGAGGGACAAGCCGAGGCCAACGCUGUAGAGUUCCCCUGCAGCAGGUGGCUGGACCGCAACGAGGAUGAUGGACAGAUCGUUAGAGAAUUGGUGCCGUUCUCAGAUGGACAGCGUCUGUACAAUGUCAACUAUCACAUCGCAGUGAAGACAGGCAGCGUCCCAGGAAGCAGCUCAGACUCCAUGGUGUUUGUGAAGCUCUACGGAGAGAAAGGCGACACCAGUAAGAUGAUGCUGGUGGUCUCUGCCAACAACCUGGGCAACUAUUUUGAGACGGGCCGCAUCGACAUCUUCACGGUGGAAACCUUUGAUAUUGGACAGAUCAACCGUCUGUUGAUUGGCCACACCAACGAAGGCAUGCGUGCAGGCUGGUUCUUGGACAGCGUUCAGAUUAUGGUUCCGGUCCAUGGAAAACAAUACAUGUUCCCAAGCGACCGCUGGCUGUGCAAGGACGAGGCUGAUGGCAAGACAGAGGUGGAGAUUUAUCCAAGCGAGAUCCUGGACAUGGAACAACUGAUUAACUAUGAGAUAACCGUUUUGACUGGAGAUGUGAUGUUUGCUGGCACCAACGCCAAAGUGUUCAUCCAGAUCUACGGAGAAAACGGGAAGACGGAGGUCAUCACACUCGAAAGCAGAUCCAACAACUUUGAGCGGGACACGGCAGAAAUAUUCAAGAUAGAGGCCAAAGACGUGGGAAAGAUCUUCAAGAUACGCAUCGGCCACGACGGCUCCGGGAUCGGAGCGGGCUGGUUCUUGGAGACGGUGGAUGUCAAACGUUUAAUCAUGGCCUUGGUGCCUAAGGAGAAGAAGAAGGACGACAAGAAAAAGAAGAAGAAAAAGAAGAAAGACGAGGAAGAGGAGGACGAGGAGGGCGGGGAGGAGAUGAGGGAAGUGGUGCUGACGUAUCAUUUCCCCUGUUCGCGCUGGUUGGCGGGGGGCGAGGAGGAUGGAGAGCUGGUGGUGGAGCUGCUACCUGAGGGCACAGAAGAUCUAGAAGUCAACACCUAUGAAGUGUGCGUCUUCACUGGUGACAUGAUGGGAGCCGGGACCGACUCCAACGUCUACAUUAAUAUUUAUGGGGAAAACGGAGACACCGGAGAGCGCUACCUCAAGAAUUCUGACAACCUCAACAAAUUUGAGCGGGGGGAGGAGGACGUGUUCACCGUGACAGCUAUCGAUUUAGGUCCUCUGAAGAAGCUGCGAAUCCGUCACGACAACACUCGGUCUAACUCGUCGUGGUACCUGGAUCGAGUCGAGAUAGUGGACACGAAGGAGGACACAACAUACUACUUCCCUUGUAACCGCUGGCUUGCUGUAGACGAGGAUGACGGGCAGAUCGCAAGGGAGCUUGUUCCUGUGGACGAGGCCUUCAUGAGGAAGGAUGACGAUGAGGACGGGACACGCACUACUCUGGGGCUCGAGCAGAAAUCCAUGUCUACUACAUACACGCUUAAAAUAAAAACUGGAGAAAAGAAGUACGCUGGAACCGAUGCCAACGUCUUUGCCAUUCUCUUUGGUGAAAAUGACGACACAGGGAUCGUCAACCUAAAGGCUUGUAAAAACUACAAGAAUAAGUUCGAACAGGGGAUGAUUAAUGAGUUCACCGUGGAGGCCGUGGACUUGGGCGACCUGGAAAAGAUACGAAUUGGUCAUGACAACUCAGGGGGCUACUCUGGUUGGUUCUUGGACUGGGUUGAGAUUGACGCCCCCUCGCAGGGUCAGAGACUGCGUUUCCCAUGUGGCCGCUGGCUGGAUAAAGGAAAGGACGAUGGCGCUAUUGUGAGGGAUCUAUAUCCCGCUGAGCUCCAGACUGAACUCUACAUGCCAUUUGUGCCAUAUGAAAUAAAGAUAUACACCAGCGAUGUGUUCGCCGCGGGCACCGACGCUGAUGUGUUCAUAGUCCUGUACGGACGUAACGCCGUGUGCACGCAGCAGAAGCACCUGUGUGUCAACAAGAGAGAGCGACGUCUGUACUUCGAGAGGGGAGCCGAGGACAUGUUCAUCGUGGAGCUGGAGGAUGUCGGUGAUGUCAUUGAGAAAAUCAGAAUAGGGCACGACAACAGGGGCACCAACCCCGGAUGGCACCUCGACAGAGUGGAGAUCAGGCGACAGCUCAGGAAAGGAAAGGGUUCGGAGACGACCAUUUUCCCGUGCGAGCGCUGGCUGGCCAAGUCUGAAGACGACGGGGAGACGGUGAGGGAGCUGGUCCCCUCGGACAUCAUCACAGAGAAGCUCCUCAGGGACGGGACUCUGAAAACCACUGAAGUUGAGGUGGAAGAUGCUUUGGAGACGCACACCUACAACGUCUCCGUGCGGACAGGUGAUAUGUACGGAGCGGGAACCGAUGCCAACGUUUUCCUCACCAUCUACGGUGACCUGGGUGACACGGGAGAGCGCAAACUCGCCAAAUCUGAUAGCAACAAGAACAAGUUUGAGAGAGGAGCGGUGGACAAGUUCACCAUCGAGGCCGUGGACCUGGGGCAGGUGUUUAAGAUCCGCAUUCGCCACGACAACUCCAUGGUCGGCGCCGACUGGUACCUGGACCAGGUGGAGGUGCUGGACGCGGAGACAGAAGAGGUGUACAUGUUCCUGUGUGAGCGCUGGCUGUCCAGAAAGAAAGAGGACAAACGGAUAGAGAGAACCUUCUUCAUCACGGGGUACGAGGGUGAAAGGAACACCGACCCGAAUACCAAGAAGAUGGCUCAGGCCAAACUAGGACUGGACAGAAAUGCCAACAAGAAGAAAAAGAAGAAAAAGGUGGCGGUGGUCGAAGAGGGUCCAAUCAUCCCCUAUCACUUCACCCUGUCCACGGGCACUGAGCGGGAUGCCAGCACUACAGCCAGGGUCUACGUCAUCAUCAUCGGUCCCAACGAAAUGGAAACAGAUCGACUGUGGUUGGACCUGCCAGAAGGAAAGAAAUCCUUCGCAGCUGGCACCAUGGAGCACUUUGUGUGCUAUGGGACUGACGUAGGAGAGAUCAAGAGGGUGGAACUUGGCCACAAUGGUGUCACACCAGAGAGCUGCUGGUUGGUGGAUGAGCUGUCGGUUGCCGUGCCAACCAAAGGUAUCAAGUACAUCUUUCCAUGUAAGUGCUGGCUGGCCAAAGACAGGGGGGAUGGACUGACUGCCAGACUGUUGAAUGUGUUGGACUCGAGCACGAUCAACAUUAUCCGCAAAGUUGUUUAUUCAGCCACAGUCGUCACGGGUGACACACAGGAUGCGGGGACAGACACCAACAUUUUCAUGACUGUGUACGGAGCCAACGGGAGCACAGAGGAAACGCUGCUGCCUAAAAACGAAGAUAGGUUUGAAAGAGGCCAAGAAGACACAUUCAUCCUGGAAGUAGACGACAUUGCUCCUCUGAAGAAGCUCAGGGUUCGGGUUGAUGGCAGCGGGAGUCGUCCUGACUGGUUCCUUGAUAGGAUCCUGAUGCGGAACCUGACCACAGAGGACACGUAUCUGUUCACCUACGAGAACUGGCUGUCCAAGAUCAAAGGGCCCAAGAGGACGAAGGUGUGUGAGCUGGCGGCCGUGGUGGACGACGAGGAGAUGGUGGAGACGACAACCUACAUCAUCCAGGUCCAAACCAGCGAUGUUGGAGCUGCUGGCACCGAUGCCAACGUGUUUGUGAUGGUGUUCGGGGAGUUCGGAGACACCGGAGCGCUGCCUCUGAAGGAGAGCACCAACAGGAACAAGUUUGAGAGGAAAAUGAAGGACGUGUUCAGAUUUCCUGAUAUGCUCAGUCUGGGCGAACUGUCCAAAGUCAGAGUGUGGCAUGAUAAUAAAGGCCCCGCUCCUGGUUGGCACCUGGAGUACAUCGAUGUGAAAGAUGAAGCCAUGGACCAGACUUUCAGGUUCCCCUGCGACCGCUGGCUGGCUAAAAAUGAAGACGACGGGCAGAUCAUGAGGGAGCUGGCUUGUGCCAACAAUGACUCUAUAGACCUCAGUGACAAAACCAAAUACGAAAUUGCCACAACGACAGCUAACGGGGACGACGCCUCCACCGCGGAAAACGCCUGGAUCGUCUUGGAAGGAAGGAAAGCCCGUUCUAAAGAGUUCGUUCUGGAGAAUAAGAAGAAGAAGUUCUUAAGCGGUGCCACUGACACGUUUGAGUUCUCAUCCAAGCAUCUGGGGGAUAUUGCUGGCAUCUGCCUCGGCCACAUAACCAAAGACGGCAAGAAGGUGAAGAAUGACGCUUUCUGGCACGUCAUGGAGGUGGUGGUGACGGAAAAGGAGCUGGGAAACAAGUAUUUCUUCCACUGUGAUGCACAAAUCCCCCUGGCAGCCAAAAAGGACCAGUUCCUGACAUUCGAGUGCUAUAAAUCCAUCGAGAGCUUUGCCAGCAAAGUCCGCAACCUCGUCCCCGUCAAGUACGAGAUCAUCGUCAUCACCGGGGACGUCAAAGGCGGCGGCACGGACGCCAACGUUUUCAUCACCAUUUACGGCGUCAACGGGGACUCUGGCAAGCGUCCUCUGCGGCAGAAGUUCCGCAACCUUUUUGAGCGAGGGCAAACGGACCGCUUCGUCCUGGAGAUGCUGGACCUCGGGGAGCUGCUGAGGGUCAGAGUGGAGCACGAUGGCAGCGGGACCAGCUGUGGGUGGUAUUUGGAGUGUGUCGAGGUGACCAACACGGCCAACUCCGUCACAACCAUCUUCAUGUGUGGGAAGUGGCUGGACGUUAAAAAGGCAGACGGGCAGAUUCAGCGGGUUCUCUACCCCAAGUAUUAGUUUAACCUCCCGAGACCCUGCGUCCUCAUACGUGGACAUGAAGUUUUAGGUUUUAUUGCAGCUUGUCCUCAUUAGUGGACGAUUUAGUCUGCCAUCUAGUGGUAACAAAGGUUAAAACUUGUUUAUUUAUGCUUAUUAACGUUAACAAAGUUUGAAAUGCAAUGAGCUCCAACGUCGCUAAUUAGCAAGUACUCGUUUGAGGACGUUUGGACUUCAUUGUUGGCAAUUCUGUCUUUGCACAGCCAUGUUCAGGUAUUAAAUAAACAGUUUUAUAUUUUCUCACACAUUGGUGACUCCUUUAUAAUAUCAAUAACUAAAUAAUCCCUGUGUCCACGUAUGAGGACAUAAUGGUACUUCCUGUUCAAAGAUAAUGUUCGGUUUUUAUACGUCUUAUUUGUCCUACUAAUCCCAAAUAGCAUGGAGAAAUUAAAAAUGCAUACCAAAUAAAAGCUUGGGUCUCAGGGGGAUAAAGAGGCAGGGAACAAAGAGAGGGUGGGCAUUUCCUUCUCCCUGUUCUAUUUUUUACCACGUUAGAUGAGCGUUGCGAGUAAAAAGGCAAAAUUCGUCUCAAUGUCAUUUAAUGUCAGUUCACAGAACCUCAUAGAAGCUAAAGUUUGUGCCAACUGUUUAGGCUGCCCCGCUUCAAACUCCAGAAAAAGUUGUGAUUUUACUUGUACAAGCUGAAAAAUAAAUAGAAUAUCACCCAAAACCACACUA